CAGAGCACUGAGGAUUUCAGAAGGAGAUCCCAGUUUGCCUCUCUCUCUUCUGAUAGCCGUCCUUGAAAUUCUGUGCCACCAUGGUGCGUGCCUGUGGCCUACUCACUGGCCAAGACAAACCAGUGGCAUUGAAAAGCAUCUCUGUGAUGUUAUCCAUCAAUGAGUUUGUGGCUGGUGUGUCUGCAACCUUAAACUAUGAGAAUGAGGAGAAAGUCCCUUUGGAGGCCUUCUUCGUAUUCCCCAUGGAUGAAGACUCUGCUGUCUUUACUUUUGAGGCCUUGGUGGAUGGAAAGAAAAUUGUGGCAGAAUUACAGGACAAGAUAAAGGCCCACAGCAAAUAUGAGGAUGCCCUUGCCCAGGGCUACCAGGCCUACUUACUGGAAGAGGAUGCAUGCUCUAGGGAUGUCUUCCGUUGCAAUGUGGGGAACCUCCAGCCUGGGUCAAAGGUGGCACUCACACUGAGGUAUGUGCAGGAGCUGCCACUGGAAGCAGAUGGGGCCCUGCGCUAUGUGCUCCCAGCUAUCCUGAAUCCUAGAUACCAUCUCUCUGAUAGGACAGAAGACAGUUGCCUGGAUAUGAAGACCCCUAUAGUCGCUUUAGAGGACCUGCCCUAUACACUCAGCAUGGAUGCCACCAUCACUUCCCAGCAUGGCAUUGAGAGGGUCCAAUCCAACUGCCCCUUGCAUCCUAUUUUGUACCAUGGCAAUGAUAAGACUUCUGCUCAGGUUUCCUUGGCUGAAGGACACAAGUUUGAUCAGGACGUUGAGUUCCUGAUUUACUACAGUGAGGUGCACAGCCCCAGUGUAGCUGUGGAGAUGGGGAUGCCUGACAUGAAUCCAGAUUCUUUGAUGGGAGAUCCAUGUGCAAUGGUGAGUUUCUAUCCAGAUAUCCCGGAAAUUGAAGCAUCAACAGCCUGUGGAGAAUUUGUCUUCCUCAUGGACCGUUCAGGAAGCAUGCAGUGCCCCAUGGGUAAACAGGAUAGAACUCAGCUGCGCAUAGAUGCUGCCAAGGAAACACUGAUUCUGCUGCUGAAAAGUUUGCCUAUGGGCUGUUAUUUCAACAUCUAUGGAUUUGGAUCUUCAUAUGAGGCAUUCUUUCUGGAGAGUGUGAAGUAUACUCAGAAAACAAUGGAGGAGGCAGUGGAGAGAGUCAAGCUUAUGUCAGCAGAUCUAGGGGGCACUGAAAUCUUAACACCACUCCAGGACAUUUACAGGGGACCCUCCAUCCCAGGCCACCCCCUUCAGGUUUUUGUCUUCACAGAUGGAGAAGUGACUGACACUUUUAGUGUAAUUAAAGAAGUUAAGUUCAACAGCAAGAAACACAGAUGCUUCUCAUUUGGUAUUGGAGAAGGUGCCUCUACCAGCUUAAUAAAAAACAUAGCCCGGGUAUCAGGGGGCACUUCAGAAUUUAUCACAGGCAAGGACAGAAUGCAGUCCAAGGCCCUUAGGAGUCUGAAGCGUUCUCUUCAGUCCGUGGUAGAGGACAUCUCUCUGAGCUGGGAUUUGCCUCCUGAUCUGUCUGUCAGUAUGAUUUCCCCAGAACAGACAGUCAUCUUUAGUGGGCAGAGGUUAAUCGCCUAUGCCCAGCUAACUGGGAUACUGCCAGACACUGAGGCUGUAGGAGAAGUAUGCCUCAAAUACAAGUUCCAGGGCAAGAGUUUUGAAGAAAAGGUAAAAUUUUCUGUGCAACCCAAGCUGGAUGCCAAUCUCACCAUUCAUCGUCUUGCCGCAAAGUCCUUAAUCCAAACCAAAGACUUGGGCUUCAGAGAGACCCCAGCAAGAGAUAAGAAAGAGGUGAUGAACCUCAGCAUUGCAUCUGGAGUCAUGAGCUCCUUCACAGCAUUCAUUGCCAUAAACAAGGAGCUCAAUCAGCCACUACAGGGGUCUCUGGCUUACAGGGAAAUUCCAAGACCAGUUCUGUCAUGUUCUACCUCUCUGAGGUCCAAACAAUAUAGUCAAGCUUUGGCACUGACUUCUUCGUCUUCAUUUCGGAAUGCAAGGAAUGUGGCUUGCUGCGCAACUAUGACAUACAAGCAGAAUGGCAAACCACAAGCUCCUAGUCAUGCCAAGAAGAAUUUCCAAUACUCCACCCGUCAGAUGGGAACAACUUAUUCUUCCACCAAUAUGACCAAUUUACAAGGUAACCAUAAAGUCUUUGGAACAAAUGAUCUCGUGCAGCUGAUUUACCUCCAAAAUGCAAAUGGUUCCUGGGAUCUAGAUGAAGGUCUAGCCAAGGUCCUCCGUAAGAGAUUGGAAGACAUUCAGGCUGCACACCCUGCUGAGUGUGUGGAUUCCAAUACCUGGGCCACAGUCCUGGCUGUGCUUUGGCUGCAUGCCAACGGUAAGGACAUGAAGUGUGAGUGGGACCUUCUGGAAAGGAAGGCUGUGGCCUGGAUUUGCAAAAAUGCAAGCUCUACCAUACCCAUGCUUGUGAAGGUUGGUAACACUUUCCUGAAGUCAUCUGUGAAUCCUGGUAUUUUUGCCAUCUGAGGAGUCUGUCAAGAAAAAGAAUGACCUUUCUCUGGGUCCCUUUGGACAUGAUCAUCUUUUCCCAGUAUGAUGCUUAUGACAAGUUAUUAUAGUCCCAGACCUGUUCCCUUUCUUAGAGUGGUUCAAUUAUUGAGAGUACUAAAAACUACACAUAUAUUAAUGCUCCUUGUAGGUUUUUCCAAUGAUCAGAUGAAAAACAGAGAACAGGGACUUCACACAAAGACUGCAGCACUUAUGUUAGGAAAUAUCUGAAUUAGAAAAUUCUCUGCAUUGUCUUUGUCUAUUCAUUUUUUAUUUUAUAUACUUGCCAGGAUCAUAUUGGUAAGCUUUAAAGUUUUCCAUUUGUAGAAAGAGGUGUUGAAGGAAAGUUGAAAGCCAGUAUCAGGUUCAAUGUAACUUCAAGAUACAAAGAUUCAAGGUUUCACUGGAAGCAUGGCACUGUUGAGGACCUUCUCGAUUAGUUCUUCUUGGUCUUUGUCAUCUGCUACUACUUGGUUUUCUUCUUAGUGACAAAUCUAGUUGGCUUGAGUAGUACUUGUUGGAGGCAGAUAUUCUCCUUAGUUUCUAAUCAUCACAUAAAAGGAUUUAAUGAAAUUUUAAACUUAGCCUGUAUACAUAAGAUCUCUUAAGUCAGGCUAUGAUCUACUUUAAUGAAAGACAAAGUUAAUGGCAGUUAUGCUUGAGAACUGAACAUGAACUUCUCACCAUUUAAGCA